AUGGAGGUAAGCAGAGAUCCAAGUCGGCCUAGUUUUGGAUUUCAGGCACAGGGCCUAGAUUUAGAGGUCGGAAAAGUCUCAUACCUUGCGAGGGAAAUUGCACUAACACCUUGCACAAGGAAACUUGUGAGUGGUAGAACACAAGCAGAAACUUCCAUGUCCUUAAACCACACCCUGAAAAUUCUGGAGGCCACUCAUGGAGACACUGGACCUCACCACAUUCUCGAGGCUCACUGUUACAUAACUGGCAGCAAGUUCAUUGCAACUGCUCUGGACUCCUGGCCGAAGAACAUAAGGACACAUAACAAGCUUUCUUCUAUCCAUUGGGCAACAGUCGUUGUAACGAACGUCAGAUAUGGCAUGAUAUUUCAAGGAAGUUUAACUCGAGCAAUUACUGAUUUCAUCCAGACUCCGGAGCCUCUGUUUGUCAAGAAGGAAGAACACAAGUGUCAUGGCAAUGCCAAUGACAUGGGUCAUAUCCUGGUGGUCAUGGUAACUUUCCAUCUUCCCAGAGAGGCUGUGAUUGAGUGGCACGUUAUUGCAGGGGCCAAUGAACCAUUUAGAAGGAAGCACUCUACUUUGAAGAAGAUAUUUGAGGGUUUUCAAGAUUUUAGAAGACCCGAUAACUAUGUUUCCACAAGCAAGAAGACGCUGAAGAUAGCCAAGCCGCACCCCUGUGUUUUAGAAGAUUCUACAAAAAAGACAGCCUUCAUGACGAAGUACCAGAGGCAGUGCCUGCCACAAGAAGAAAAGGAAAAGAGGUAUAUAGAAAAUAGAGAAGUGGCUACUUUUACACAUGCAUUAGGAGGCCUAUCCAGUGGCUUUGAAAUUGGCUCAUAA